UCCGCCCUCGGUUACCCAUGUUCAGCUAUUUUAAUUUUAGUUAAUAAAGGAAUUGAUCAACUGCCAUUAUGUUAAUUAGGACGUAGUGCACAUUUUCAACAAUAUAUUAAGUAAAUUAAUAAAAAUGAAGGCUGCAGCGAUGUCUGUGUGGAUUUUUAUUAACCUCUUGUGUUUUGGAAUGUGUGGUUAUUUGUAUUUAAUAUGGUCUCAAUAUUGGAUGAGUAUUGAAAGGCAGAAAUUGUUUAGCGAUUCGCAAUUUGGUGCUGCGCGAAAAAGUUCAAGAUUACACUUUCAAGAUGCCUAUCCAGAAAAGUUAGAAUCUUUUAAGAUAAACAAAUCAUCUUUUUAUGAUUCCAUUCUGAAAUCGCGAAGAUCGGUUGUACUCAAGACUGGCCAUAUUUCACAGUCUUCCAAUACAAAACUGUCUUCAGAUCGACCGUCCGUUAAUAUAAUUGUGAAAAGUCAUGGAAAGCCUCGUUUUCCUAACUUACAUAAGGCUAUAUUAGAGUUCGAUACGGAUAAGUACGAGUGUGCUGAUUUGACAACAACAGAAUGUGAGGAUCAGUCAAGAGAAUUUAGAGAGCUUGUGUUAAAAGAAUUCCACCGCGUUUUAAUGGGUGAUAGCAAAGUUUUUACAUCGGGAUUAGAAAAUCAAAAUACCUACGAUGUGAAAUACGAGAGAGAUGGUCCGUUACGAAAUAGUCGCAAGGAUAUUUUGUGCGCAUUAAAAAAUGUUGCAGUAAAAACGGUGACAGCAAAUGAUGAACCAUUUUCAGAUUUAGGCUAUUCAAUCCCAAAAUCUCCGUUACAAGGAAAUCGGGUGUAUAACACGUGUGCGGUUGUGACAAGUGCUGGAGCAUUACUGGGAUCUCGAUUCGGAAAAUUUAUUGAUUCUCAUGAGAUGGUGCUUAGAUUCAAUAACGCUCCAACCGAAAACUAUACUGAUGACGUGGGUUCCAAGACGACCUUCCGUAUCCUCAAUUCUCAGGUCGUCUCAAAGCCACAAUAUAAGUUCCUCGAAGAUCCCUUAUAUAGAAAUGUAUCAAUAUUAAUAUGGGAUCCCGCUAAUUACUCAUCGACCCUUGAAGACUGGUAUAAUCACCCUGAUUUUCCUCUGUUUUCUGUUUACAAAAAGUUACUCGAGAUUCGACCUGAUUCUGACGUUCAUUUGCUAAAUCCUACGGUGCUAUGGCGUCUAUGGAAUUUAUUACAACAUCUGUCGCCUUAUAGAUUAAGAAAAAAUCCUCCCUCCUCAGGUUUCAUAGGUAUCUGGUUCGCCCUACAUCGAUGUCACCGCGUACGCGUCUUCGAGUACGUACCAUCCGUACGUGCUACUAAACGUUGCCACUAUUACUUGACCGGUGACGACCCUGGAUGUACACUUGGUGCGUGGCAUCCACUAGCCCAGGAAAAGGCUUUGGCAGAUAGAAUCCGUGAUAAUUCAGACGUGGACGUCUUCCAAAGAGGCUUCAUUGAUAUACUGGGGGUUAGGAAGAUGAGUUGUGAUGUUUAAGAAACAAUGAUGUGGUGAAAGCGUCGAAAACAUCGUAGACAAAACGUAAAUUAGAUGCCUGGAGCUUUAGAGAAUAUCCCGAAUAUUUGGUAAAUAAAUGGUGAAAUAUGACUUCUAAGUCUUAUAUUGCAGAAAUGAUGAGAAAAUUAAUCUCGACAAUGGAUUCGGAUAGCAUUAUUCAUUCAUUAUCACCGUGUUUUUCGGUCUCCUAUAUCUAUCUACUUCGGCCGAGAGUAUAGACACAUAACUCGCAUUAAAGAUGUACUAAUCUAUAAAAAUAAUAUGAUAAAAGUUAAGAAAGUUAGACAGCCAUUUAAGGUAUAAAAAUAAAAAAGUUUAAUACACAAAUAUAUACUAAUAACUAGCGUAUUUAACAAUAUAAUAUAUAAACCGGUUCAUGUUAAUUUAUUAAUAUUUGUAAUAAAAUGAGUAGGUAUGCUAAUGAACUGAAUAAGGCAUUAUUAGGUAUCAAUUAAGUCGGUCCUAUUCACGAUAAUAAGUAGAUUUAUAUACUUAAUACAUUAGAAGAAUAAGAUGUUUGCUAUUGUCUAUAUUUUGCAUAAUACGUCUUCCAUAUUAGAAAUAUUCAUUGUGAGCCGCAUGGCCGAAUAGUAAAAUUAAUUAUUAUUUGAUCUCGCCAGCAGACUUUCAACUACAAUUUUAGCUGUCAAUUUAAUAGCAUCACUUCAUUUUUGGCUGUAUCAUUAAUUUUACAUUAUUAGGAA